AUGGGCAAAAAUCGAUCUGCUGAGGGAUCCAAGAAACGACGCCACACUCCCUCUGCCUCGCCUGCUGAGAAGAAGUCCAGAAAAUCCUCCAAGAAAGUUCGCCCUACUGCUGUGGAAGUCUCUCCUGUUCCCACUGUCACAGAUCUGGACCCCAUCUCUACUCCCAUGGCUUCACCAUCACCGAGUCUCAAGACAAGUGAUGUGCCCGAUCAUGUUGAUACUGGAGUGGCUGAUCUUGACGGUGACAGCCUUUCUGCAACUCGACAAGAUGAUUUGGAUCUUCCCUCAGAUCCAGAGAUUGCCCCUCACAACGUUGUGUUUCCUGCUCAACUCCGUCGUUCUAAUCGAAAACACGAAGGCCCAUCUGUCUUCAUUCCCCCCUCCGAGUCUGAAGGUUAUCAGUUCUCUUCUUCUGAGCCUAUUCCGGAGGAUGACCCCUCGCGUUCUGAAUCCUCUGAUUCAUCUGUGGGCUCUCAACUCUCUGCUGGUAACUGUUUCUCAUCCCUUUUUUAUUUCUCUCUUGCUAAAGAAAACUGGAAUAGUAUGAGUAAGCGUGCGUGCUCUCCUGAGCGUGUUUUGUCUAGGGCUGUUUUACCUCUGUCUGAGAUUUUCCGUCUUCUAAAAUCUCAAGGGUUGCUUGGCACUAUUGUGAGUGCACAACCUUUCGAACGGUCUGUCAUUGUUGAGUUUUAUGCCAAUCUCUCUGAUCGUUUUUCUGUUGUGGGGUCUCGUGGUUAUGGGAAAGUGUAUGUGAGGGGUUCCUUCUAUUCUGUGACUCCUGCCCCGAUUAAUGAUUUUUAUAAAUGUCCAAACGAGGUUUCUUCCAAACCCUCUGUUUCAAAAGAUACUUUGGCCUUUGUUCUCACUGCCAAAGUGUUGAAAAAAUGGCCCGGUCCGAAGUCUGCUUUACAUGUUUCUAAGCUGACUCAGCUGUAUUCGGUCCUGUUUAAGAUAGGCAUUUCCAACUGGUUUCCCACUACUCACAAUGCUACUCUCAAUCCCACCCAAGCUGAGUUUUUAUGGUGCAUCACUCAUGACCAUAAAAUCAAUAUUGGUGAUUUGAUUUUCAAUCAGAUUGGUGUGUUAGCCAAUUCCAGAACCGAGCGUGAGCAUCUGCCCUUUCCUUCUCUGAUCUACCAGCUUUUGAUCAAACAAGGCCUGCCCACUUGUGAUGCCACUCUGUUGGAUCCUCCUGGCCGUCCAAUCACUAUACAUGGUAAGGUUAUUUCUGAACAUUUUGCUGAUAUGCCUGUUGUGAACCCUUCUGUUGUUCAGCCAGUCCCUAGUGCGAAGAAGGCUCCUAUUGUCUCUGCCUCUAUUCCGCCGCCAGUUGAUGUGGAUCAGCUGCUUAGGACUUUAGCACAUUCUGGUCAGAAAGGGGGAGUAGCAACAACUCGAACUCCUGCGGCUUCAACCAAGACCAAAGACAAAGGCAAAGAGAAGGCAUCCCUCCUCACUCCUCCUCCGCACAUCUCUCGUGAUGAGGAUGAUCUUGAUGUUAUAUCUCUCUUAUUUGUUUCACUGAUGCCAAUACUUCUCACUGUAGGCAAUUUUUAUGUAGCCACUGCUACUGUGCUAACAGGGGAGUUCUUGUUAAAACUGGAUUCUGACCAAAUCUAUGCCAAAGGGGGAGAUUAUUGGCGCCAGAUUUCUACCGACAAAGAAAUCCGCCUCACUUGGGAAGUAAAGAUUAGCGAAAGAUUUGUUCCCAUGUUUAUUUUGGAAAUUUAG